AUGAAAAAUACCCAAGAUAAUAGAAAAUAUAAGAUCAAUAAAUGUACUAGGAUAAAUCAGGUACAACGAGGAGAAUGGUACUUAGGAAAUCUGAUGUGUGAUAUCUAUAUGGCCUCGGAUGUUGCUUGUAGUACGGCAUCCAUCCUACUCCUUGCCAUUAUUAGUUUUGAUAGGUACCGUACCCUUUGUUUGUUAGACUGUCUACCGUAUCUUCCACCAAUCAGGUAUCGAGCAGUGAGCCAUCCGAUACAGUACUCUCGGCAGUCUCAGAACGUUCGACGAGUUCUUGCGAUGAUCUGUGCUACAUGGGUAAUAUCACUACUGGUCGCUAGUCCCAUGGUUUUCGGCGUAAAUGUUCGACCGCCAGACGCAAAUCCACAUGAAUGUCGUUUUUACAAUGCCGAAUUCUCCAUUGGCUCUUCAAUCAUCUCAUUUGUGAUUCCGUGCAUUCUGGUGCUUUUCGUCUACAUCCGGAUUCUCAUUGCGUUGAAGAAACGCGAAAAAGCCGCAAAAAUGCGUCGACUGAAAAACCUGCAGGCUGGUGCAAGGUAAGG